AUGACGCGCGCUUAUCGAGUUUGCUCGGAUGGCUGCUGUGCCCUACCUCAAAAGCCAAAGACAGUAGAGCGGAACCUUCAUCCACUUGAUCCUUUAACUGCAGACGAAGUCAUAGUUACUGCUGCGCUUAUCCGUGACCAUGCCGGUUUAGAUGACCUUGCGUUCAACUGCAUUACUCUCCAGGAACCAGAGAGAUGCGAGUAUACGGCCUUCCGUAAUGGGGCUGCCUGCCAUCCAGACCGCCGAGCUUUCUCGAUUGUACUCCGUAAUGGUACAGGGCAAGUAUCAGAGGCGGUAGUGAAUCUCAGAGCUAGGCAGAUAGAAUCGUGGAGAGAUGUUCACAAUGUUUUACCCGUGUACGGCACGGAGAAUAGGCACUUGGAAGAGGCAGCCCGUUCUAAUCCCGAUGUUAUCAAGGUGUGCCGCGAACUCGGUAUCACAGAUAUGAACAGGGUGUACUUUGAUGUAUGGGCUAGUGGUGUCGAGGACCGAUGGGGCCUCAACCGACCCCUUCAACAAGCAAUUCCAUACUACCGCCUGUCUGCCUGUGACAACCAAUAUGCUCAUCCACUAGACUUCAGCAUUGUAGUUCACCCCGAGACGAACGAAAUAAUCUCUGUGGAUGUCCGGCUUGCCAAUAACAAACGAGCGCCGAUCCCUCUUGACGAAUAUAAUUACCGUCCCGAAUUUCUAGAGGACUUCUACUGCCUAGAUCGAUUGAAGCCCAUUGAGAUUAAUGAGCCACACGGCACAUCAUUCCACACUGAGGGCAAUGAGAUAACAUGGGCGGCGCUCAAGAUGCAUGUGGGAUUCAAUUACCGUGAGGGUAUUGUUUUGUCGGACGUCCGGAUUGAUGAUCCCUAUGAGCAGGCGGAGCGGACAUUGUUUAAUCGAAUAAGCAUCGCGGAGAUCACAACACCUCAUGGACCCCCUAGCUCAAUGGCAAAUUCGCUACAACUCGGAAGUGAUUGCACAGGGCCUAUUCAUACCUUGGAUGCUGUCACAGUGACAUCCAAGGGGGAUCCAUAUAUUAUCAAAAAUGCCAUCUGUAUCCAUGAGGAAGACAACGGACUUCUUUACAAACACACGGACAUGCGAGAUAACUCUGUUGUUUCUGCUCGUGAUCGAAAGCUCGUCAUUUCUCAAACCGUUUCUGCAGCCAACUUUGAUUAUGCCUUCUAUCAUAGUUUUAGCCUCGACGGAACAUACAAACUGGAGGUUAAAAUGACCGGAACGCCCUCUAUAUCCUGGUUGCAUCAGCAAGAUGACCCUGCCCCCUUCGGGGCGGUUGCUGCUCCUGAUCACCAACACAUGUUCUCUCUCCGGAUUGAUCCAGCCAUGGAUGGACCUCACAACUCCGUGGUCCAGAAUGAUGUUGAUACCACAAGUGGCUCUGCCAAUAUCCCGACGCAGUGGAAUGACCGGCCGGCCAACAUUAAGACACCUUUCCGCACUGCAUCCCAGAGUGCUGCCAGUUACUGUUUUGAUACCAGUCGAACAUGGGAUAUCAUCAAUCCUACUUCACUCAACCCCAGAUCCAAAAAACCAGUUGCCUACAGGAUUUUCAAUAGAAACUGGCCCCCACUAUACAGCCAGCCGGAAGGCAAGCGAGCAGGGGUUUUUCAAAAAGCGCUCUGGGUCACUCCCUACCGGGAUAGGGAGCUCUACCCCACUGGUAAAUAUCUGUGCCAGUCACAUAAUCCGAAUAGCGAAACGAUACUUGAUUGGGUGGCUCGAGACGAAACAAUUGACAAUACGGACAUUGUAUGCUAUGUCCAAUUCGGAAUCGCAUAUUUUCCCCGCACGGAGGACUUUCCGAUCAUGCCUGUAGAAUCGGCGGAUGUUACGCUCCGGGCGUCGAACUUCUUUCAGAAGAACCCAGCUCUGUGGGUUCCACCAUCGACCAUGAACAAGACUCGAGGGACAAAGGGUAUGCUCGACAAACCACAGGAGCACUGUACACAAGUUCCGAAACUGUAG